CCAAGAUCGCCGUUUUCUAGCUGAAAAAUGGGCAUGAUUUUACCGACUGUAAGAAUCUAGGAUUCUAUGAGGAUUGCUGGCUGCAUGCUGUUCGUUCAUCUCGUAAAGAUUAAAUACUCAGACUUAGUGGAUUCUUUCAAAAAAACAGAAAAAAAUGGUUGUUGCAUGCAACAUCGAUGUGGGUACCCGUCUUUGCGUUGGAGGUGCGUAUGUGACGGUACGGUGGGGACCCGACGUUUUACCCGGACAAGGCAACGAGCAGUGGUUUGGCAUCGAAUACGACGAGGCUGGAAGAGGUGAAAACCCCUGCAACAACUAUAUUCAUAUCGCCAGCAGGUCUUGUGAUCACAAUAACUGUGUCUAAAUUAUCACCAUGGGUGUAAUUCAGACUACUAUGAAAUAUACACGCAAGUAGAAACAGAUACAAAACUAAUACAGGCAACAUUUCAUUUUUUUUGGAGAAUGAUGCUGUGAUUUUGCUACCACUAGAAUUCUGGUAGUAGAUGACCAUAAAGACUUACCUGCUCUCCGACGACACAGGCAAGCACAACGGGGUCCAUAAUGGCAUUCAGAGAUUCGUAUGUCCGGAAAAGUCUGGGAGCUUCGUGAAAGUAGCGAAAGUGAGCGCACCACUCGAUUUUCAACGGGCGCUCGAAGAGAAAUACACCGACGAAAACAUCCCGCUCGAGUUCCACGACCAUGCGAAGGCACGUACCUACAUUGCUGGGAUCAUGAGAUUAAGAAUGGAUAGCCAAUAAGACCAGCUUGUGCAUCGAUCAUGAGAAAGCACGAGUUUGCGUGAUAAACUGGCUCGUAUGAUGAAGGCGCCGCUGAAAACAGUAAAUUACCCAUUCAGAAAAGAAUUAAAAGUACACGGCUGAAAGUCAAGUUGUAAAGUGUUCGAAUAACUCUUGAAAACAAUGAUCAGCAGGUUCACGUCCUAUCGAGUUUGUGGGUCGCGAGCAGGUAGUAGAAAGGCUCGGGGCAUUCCAGAGCCAAGGCGAGAUCAAUUUGUCCGAGGCCUCCGUUGGGGAUGCAUCGUGGCGAAAUUGCCUUGAGUUCCCAAAUUUGCAACGCCUGUCGUUAGACUGGAACUUGAUAACGCGGUGGGCAACUUUGCACUCAAUUUACACUGGCUGUCCGAAGCUCGAAUUUUUGAGUCUCACCGGCAACAGGCUACGACUACUACAUGAUGAUGACACCUCUUGCGCUGGUAGUGCUAGCGGGAUGUCUGUGGAGAACGAAGUUGCAGACGACGCACCGUCUACGCAGGAGAGCCAAGGGUCUUCUGCUUCGGACACUAGAAUCUCAGCAACGGAGGAAGCCUCACGCGCCGCAUCAUCUUCGUCUUCAAGUGAUAUUUCCAACAAUAUCAGCCUCCUUAACAUGCGUCCAUGCCUCUCAUUGAAGGCGUUAGUGCUGAAUCAGACAGGCGUACGAUGGGAAGGGUUUCCGGCUGCGCUGUUUAAGGCUUCUGCAGAUCAUGCAUCCUCACCAGCCUUCUACUUGCCUAAUUUCUCAAAAGGGAAAAAUAACAACUUUUUCUCACAAACAGUUUUUUCCUAGUUUUUGAACUCUAGUGAAAAACGACAAUAAGGCGGCAAGAGGAAGGGUCUCCUGAAGGACGUCGAUGAUGUAGCAGCAGCUCUAAGCCUUUUCCGAAUCUAGAAGAGCUUCAUCUGCGCGGCAACGGGUGGACCGAGGUCCCGUCCGAACUUCCUGAUCGGUUUCCAGCACUAAGGCACUUGCAGCUAGAAGAUAAUCUUAUAGCAGCUUGGCCACCGUUGCUGCAGCAAUUUCGCAGGCUCACGCUCCUGCGUCAUGUAGACCUGUCUGGCAAUCAACUGCCUGACGUAAAUGUGGACGUCGCCGGUGUCGGAGAAGUGGAGCGAGAAGAAGACAAGGGCCAAACGACCUUCUUGCUGCCGGAGAGUCUGACAAGUUUCUCCGUAGCCAGGAAUCGCAUUGCAGAGUGGCGUACAGUUGCGUGGCUCGCGAAACGCCCCUUGAUUAAGGCUAGUUGUAUUUCAUUAUCUGGCGUGAAUCAUGAAAUAUAGGGUCAAUAGUACAUUGUCUAUCUAUGCAUUAUGUGGCGUGAGGUGUCCCCGUGAUGAAUCUCGGGAGACACAUAAGGCACACACGACCCUCAGCCACGAGUGAUGAGAGACUACCGCUAACCUACAGAGCUUAGUAGUACAAGAAAAUCCGCUUGCGGCGAGCGGGCAAGCGCAGGCCUUGCGACAGAUUUUGAUUGCAGUGAUGCCAUCAGUGAUGAGACUCAACGCCUCAGAAAUCACGUCAAGGGAGCGGGCUAACGCGGAGCGGCUAUUUCUAUCACUAGCUGGAAACGCGAGUAUCGCUGAGGUAAUGUGUGUCGUGGAUCCAGCGGAGAAACACCGAAAACGGCUCGAGGCCAUCCACGGUGAAGGACUAGUGUACCAGCAAAACUCAGGGCAUGCGGUACUUGUUGUUCCUCCAGUCUACUUUUCUCAAUUCUUAUGAUAAUGAUGUAUACUGGGAUUAGAAGACGGCCACUUUUUCGUGAGAUAUUCUCUUUUCCUGUCUGCGAACAACCGCUCUGAUGCAUCCAAUGAUUGCAUGAUCACCAACUUCAUUCAUCAGGGUGGGAGUGCGUUCGGUGCGAGCCUGCUCGAGGUGCGACUACAGCCUGUGGCGGGGUGCAUCCUAGACCUUCCUGCGUUGACGAAGAAGGUUCCUGGAACUCUGAGUGUUGAAGGCGUGAAAGCGUUCUGCCACAACUGUUUUCAAAAACGGCUGCCCGCGAAAAAAAUGCGACUGUCGGUUGUGAAUCCUGGAGAUCCAGUGAGCACAGUACUACAGCAAGAGGACGAUCCCAGAGAACUCUGCUUCUAUGCGCAGAAUGGAGCGGAAAUUCAGAUAGACGAACUCGAAAUUGCUGGAUGAAUUAGAAUUUCUUUUCACCAUCUGCAGACCACAAAAAGGAUACAACGUGUCCCGACUUUAACGAGAAAGUACUUUCGCUGCCUUGUGCUCUUUCCCCAUUCACAGAAACACCGACCACCGAGUAGAGCCCUGUUAUCAGCUCGCAGCAAGAUCAUGGAGACCGCGCGUAAGUGGACUGAGCAUUACGAGUAGUCACUGUUCGACAUAUAACUCCCUCAUGGCUCGAUCUAUCAUCUACUGUCCAUCACCUACUAAUAGAUGAUACUGUCUUGUCCUGCUCCUGAUCCAAUAAGAUGAAUUUUUACACACGUGAGAUGAUCCAGUGCCGAAUCAUGACACAGACACACACGUGACAACGUGGUCCCAUACCGAAUUACUC